AUGAUACAUUUAUCUUCCGACCUUGGGCCGAAGGCCUGUGUGGGCACGUUUCUUUUGAGCUCGCUAUUCCUUACUACUUCCUACAAUACCACAUUCGCUUUUGACCGCCCCGUCAGUACAUCUGUUCUGGUCUGUUUCCUUACCGGGAUUACUUUACUAGUAUGGAGUCGGUUCGUUUCAUUGGGGUCAUCGCCAUCCUCGCCGAUAAGUAAACGACCAGCUAUUCCUCUCGCGGAGCAAUUUGAGCUUCCUUCCCGUGUAUCGACCUCAUCUUUCUCACUGGGCGAUGGCGAGACUCGCCCUCGGCUACGGUUUCAAUCGUGGUGGAUAAAGAUAGGUCUUUUUAUGGGGUUGUGUGGUUUGCGCCUUGAAUCAUUCCGCCAGGUAACUCGGAAUCCCGAAUGCGCGCCUGCUGGAUACGCUUACGCUAUUCCUUUCGUGAUUUCGCUCUAUGACUACUGGCGCAACCAGCGACCGCGACAAGUAGACAGAUAUGUCCCCAUCCAACAAUUCGAAAAGCUGCCGCUGCAAGUGGUCUACUCUGUUUCCCGUCGGAGCUUCUAUUAUCUUACGCAAAGUCGCUCCAGAGGUUUAAUUGCAGCUGCGUUUUUGUCUAUUGGUGGGCUCUUGGCUUCAUCCUUCUCGGCUGGAACUCGGUCAACAUACAUCUGUCCCAUUGUGUUGCAUGGCGCAUCGCGACUACGAUCAUACAGGCUGUUCAACCUGGUUGCUGACUCUGUUAUACUUAUUAGUAUCACCGAGCUAUGUCGGAUUGGUUCUCAAUUUGAUGAUGCGCGCAGAAAACGAGCUUUGACAUGCCUUGGCGCUGGCCUCUUGGGUCUUUCCUUAGUCUGGAGUCUUUUAUCAAUGUUGGUACCAUUACCAGAUAGCUCUCCUGAACUUGCUGGUCAACCUAUGUUGGACCUAGAGUAUUCGCGCGGUGCUUUCAGCCAGUCUGUGUUGGUUGUGAUACUGGUCUUGUCGGCCUGGUAUAUGUUACCACAUUUCGAUAUCCUGGGAGUCUCAAUUAUUGGCGGUUUCAUGAUCGUAUACUUCUCCUCUGUAUCGGUCCUCACCGGGGUACAAUCGUCCUUCCCAUUCAUCUCCCUAGCUCAUGCUGUCCUCCCGUUCGCUAUGUCGCUUACGGGAGCCCUCCUAUUUCUUUUUGCGCGAGUGGUUCAUGACGAAGAGCCGAGAUUAUACCGCACUAACGUUGCCAUGCAAAUAUUGUUCGCCGUGCUAUGUGGAAUUAGUCUCGUUUUUGCAGUGAGCAAUCAUAGCCUUGUUGAUAGACAUCCGAUUGAGUUCCUCAUCAACAAUGGCAAAAUUCAGCAUGAGAACUAUCUCGCUCAGGCAGCUAUGAGCAGGAAUCUCGGAGAUGCUGUUACCGAAUACCGGAGGCGAUAUAACCAGCAUCCACCACCGGGCUUUGACGAAUGGUAUCGAUAUGCCACUAACCGAUCAUCAGCUAUCAUUGAUGAUUUCGACCAGAUACACCAUGAUUUACUUCCCUUCCGAGCCCUGGCCCCGGAGCACAUCCGUGCAAUGACGCACGAACUGGCCACCAACCCUUUCAAUGAUCUCGGUGGUAUCAUUAUUCGCAACGGCACGGCCAUGGUGCAAGAAGGCAUCAAACCGACUCAUGCGUGGAUGGUGCAGGGUGCCGCGGAUAUGAUGAAAGAUUUCGCCAAAUAUCUCCCAGAUAUGGACUUGGUUUUCAAUCUGAAUGAUGAACCACGUGUUGCAGUUCCUUGGGAGAAGAUCUCAAUGCUGAACCGACAGACCGAAAUGCAAGAAGUGAUCCCUCAAGAGCGCCUGGUGCAGACUUGGUCGACAAACAGAGAAGAGGGCUGGGCCCCGAUUGAACCAGCCGAUCAAACCAACAUUACCGUAUUCACCGACGGAGCGUGGAGGGGCAUUUUCGACCCUUACGUGAGCGCAGUCUGCCCACCUUCAUCAAAGGCUCGAUCUCAGCGAAUCUGGAAUCGUCGUGAAACCUGUCUAUCCUGCAUAGCUCCUCAUUCUAUGGGCCAAUUCCCCCUCGAUUACAACAUCGCCUCUGAAAUCUGCCACCAACCAGACCUUGCCUUUCUCCACGGUCUUCUAAUCUCCCCAGCCUCAUUUAAGGUGUCACAGGAACUCAUCCCGGUAUUCAGCCAGAGUGCUAUAACUGGGUUUAACGACAUCCUCUUCCCAAGCCCAUGGAACUACAUCGAAAAAGCAAAAUACGAACCCACAGACGAACACCCAGAUCCAGAAUACAGCCAAAAACAGAACUCCCUCUACUGGCUCGGCAGCACAUCAGAAGGCAUCAGCCGUUUCGGCGAAUGGAAAGGAAUGCCCCGCCAGCGCUUCGCCCACCUAAUAAACAACAACACAAACAACAAAGUCUCCGUCCUCCUCCCAACAGACUCGAACGAAAACUUCUUCCGCUACAAAAUAAUGGACGGCAACGCCCCAACCUCAAACCUACAUCUCCAAACCGCCGUCCACCUCGCCAACCCAAUCGUCCGCUGCGAGGACUGCGCUGAACAAGCCGCAGAAUUGGGUACCGCUGGCUGGGCAGACUUCCAAGCACACUGGUCGCACCGCUUCCUCUUCGACCUCGACGGCGCUGGAUUCAGCGGCCGUUUCCUCCCCUUCCUACACAGCCACAGCCUACCUCUCAAAACGGGUCUGUUCCGCCAGUGGUUCGACUCCCGUGUCACUUCGUGGAUGCACUUCGUUCCUGUUGAUAUCCGUCUUCAUGGGCUGUGGAGUACGCUUGCGUACUUUGCGGGCGUGUCUGCUCCCGAGAGUCAGGUGCGAAUGAAGGCGCAUCAUCGAGAGGGGAAAUUGAUUGCGGAGGAAGGGCGGGAGUGGGCGGGUACGGCGUUGAGAAAGGAGGAUAUGGAGAUUUACUUCUUCCGGCUGCUUCUGGAGUGGGGGAGGCUUACGGAUGAUCAGCGUGAUGUUCUUGGGUUUGGGUAUUGA